UACAAAUGUACUGCAUAAUGUGAGUUAGUUGAUGCAUUAAUUGUGAAGUGUGAGCAGAAAUCUCAGUGUCCUCGAAUGUUUUCUGUGAAGCACAGUGACUCUGCAGUGAAACAUGAGCGGGUCGGUUCUGACAGGUGUGUGUGUGUGUGUUUGAGUGUUUGGGCCCCGGAGCGAGAGCCGUCCUUCAUCUCUGAGGGACUGAGAGACGAGAAGAUCACAUCAGAUCACAUCAGACCAGAUCCGAGGUUAUGAGGAGAUUUUUCAGAGUUGACCGAGAUGAGGAUUACGGUCAGAUUCAGUAUCUCACGGCUAAAUGUAUCCGGCUGUCUCAGGAGAAAGCAGUGCUCCAGCGAGAGCUGCUGGUGUCUGGGGAGCGUCAGCAGGUUCUGCAGGCAGAGAUGGAGGGUCUGUCGGUGCGUGUGUGUCAGAAGGAGCAGCUCUAUGUGGAGCUGAGCAUCAAGUAUGAACAACUUCUGGAGCGAUUUCAGAAACAGCAGGAACAGGGCGAUCUUCUGCAGCAGCGUUUGAUCUCUGUGACGGAGGAGCGCUGGAGGGACGCCUCACUGCUGUCUCUUCAGCUGGAGCAGGUGAGCUGUGAUUUACAGCAGCUGCAGGGCUCAGACAAGCAGCUGAUGGGCCUGGUGGACGAGCUGCACCAGGAGGCCCAGCUCAGAGCCCAGCAGACUGAGGUCUUGGAGACGCAGCUCCACGAGGAGACUCAGAAAAUACAAGAUCUGGAGAUGCAGCUGAACAGCAAAUCGCUCGAGCUGAUGGAACUCCAGAUGUCCCAUGAAGCCCUGCGGCAGGAUCUGUGUGAUCAGCGCAGCGCCCACCAGAGGAAGGUGGAGGAACUGCGGCGCGAGAAUUCGGAGAGUCUCGGCAAACUCCGUGAAACGGCCGAACAGUUCGAGUGGCUCUGCGAGCAGCAGCGGAGGUGGAUGAGCUGCGUCAGGAGAUUUAAGGACUGUCUGUCAGGUGAGAAGGAGUCCCUGGAGCUGCAGGUGAACAGGUUACAGAUGGAGUUGGAUACUGUCAGGAAUACUGUGCAUUUCAAUCAUUCCACAGAAUCCUGCAGCAGGUGGGAUGUUGAGGUGAUGUCUGACCUCCAGGCGGAGGUGGACCGAUGGAAAACACUGUAUGAAGACCUGCUCCAACUCACCACGCAGCAGGGUCAGAGGGCAGCAGAUGGACACCUCAAACCCCCGUGAGGACCCAAACACAGAUGACAGCUUCACAUCACACACUGAUUCAAAAGUGAUCCAUGAAAAACCCUUAAACCUGUAGUUCUGUUGACAUCAUUGUUAUUGAAUGUGCAGGGUUUAUGAAAGACGAGAGCUGUUCAGGUCAAGUUCUUUCAUUCUGUUCUUCAUUUGUUUUGCUGUCUGUGCUUCAGGGUCACCAGCAUUACAAUAAAUGUUGUGCAAUUCAUUGCAUUUUUAUGCAGGAUCUAGCCAGUCACUGUGUAUGGUAUGCACCUACAGGCUGAGUUUCUACUGUUUUUCAUGCUGUUAGAGGUUGUGAGGGUGUUCAGACACCAGAUGGUGAUGUUCUACCUCUGACAGUCAUAUGAAACACAGCUUCUGCAGAGCUGGAGAUCCUGCCUGAAGCCCUCCAGUCAUCUCUGUCUGAGCUCAGAGAUGUGUUUCUCAGCGAUCCAUGAAUCCCAGACUGAAAUCUCUCUGAUAUGAGCCGUGAUGAACAGCACAAGCUCAUCCUGAAACCAGCCUGACAUCACACACAGUCCCUAAUGCACUCUUCCUGCUGUUUACAGGGAAAUCUGUCAGCGCUCACAUCUGACUUUUAGAGUCACAAAUAUUUGUACACAAAUAUUUACAACUGUAUUAAACUGCUGCUGAUGUGUUUAUAUCUGCGACAUCAUUAAUCUAGUCCUCUGAUAUUCCUCAGUUAGGAGUCGCACUUCGGUCAAAACCAAAGACAAUAAGCAUAUAUUUUUAAAUAAAUGUACUAUAUUUUGCUAUAAUAAUAUUUCAGAGAUUUCA